GAGGUUGACGCUGCAGACAGUGACUCGAGCUUAUACUUUUCAGACGGUUAUAACCAAAUUCAAACUUUUAGCUCUUAGCUAUUCGAUGUGAUGAAUUCGACAUCAUCUCUCCGAGAUCUUUACAGCCCUCCCUCCUCCGCAUGGUCUUUCUUUCCUCCUGCGGCCAUGCCCACACCGAAUACCACAGCCUCGUCUUCGUCUGUUCCUACACCUGGCAAUUACCAAUGGAGUACCCGACCUGCACCCAAUUCCAUAUUUGACCUCUCCCCGUCGCUUCACCUAAAUGAACCAUCCAAUAUCAAUGUUCCGCUGCUGCUCAAGUCACUCGUCGCCUCUGCAUUCUUGCAGUACACCAGCACAGCAAUUGCGAUGCCUCUGGAGGUCGGAAAGAUGCUUUUGCAGGUGCAGUGGGUGCCCAAGGAUGCUAGCAUGGCUCCUGAGCAGGUAUACGACGCAUCGGUAGAGGAACAGGUAGAAGAUGAGGAGGAAGAAGUGUUCAGCGACGAUUCUAAUGAAAACGAGGCUUAUUUCGCUGAUCCUAGCAAUAGUGCUGGCAAGUUCCAUCCGCCUAGAAUGGUUGAUGACAAUGGCUAUAUCAUGAGAACCUCUGUAUUCGAGGAGGGAACUCGGCCAGAAUAUGUCAUUACACUGGGCAACGCCGACGGAACUUGGGGUAUGAUUAAGCGCAUAGCCACUUUUCGCGGCGAAGGCUGGCUUGCGCUGUGGAAAGGUCUACUGACAUCUUGUAUCCACGACGUCAUUUCCACGAAUCUACAGCCUGUUAUCGAUAAUGUUAUACAAUCACUUUUCUUUUCGGCUUCGCCUGCAUUUCAGCAACCACCACUCCUUCUACCCAUUGCAUCGCAUCUUAUCACAGGUUUCCUUCUUUCUCCCCUGGAUCUUGUUCGCACGAGACUCAUCGUGCAGUCCUCGAUGUCGCGUCACAAAACCUACUCUGGACCCAUAGAUGCGCUCUCAGACAUCAUCGCCAACGAGGGUGGAGUGAAGGGUCUUUACCUCCAUCCACAUCUUCUGAUUCCAACUAUUCUGGACAACACUUUGCGCCCAUUGGUACAUAUCAUGAUGCCCUCGCUCAUAGCGUCCAACUUGGGGCUGGGCCCCCAUGUUGCGGUAGAUACUCACCCGAUUGCCUGGGGACUUGCUGAGUUCGCUGGAGGAUGCAUCGGGCUGCUUUUGACACUGCCGAUCGAGACGGUGCGCAGGAGACUGCAGAUUCAGACUCGAGGCUCCGCAAAGACUAUACGCACCUGCGUAGAGACGCGACCAGUGCCUUACAACGGCGUAGUAGAUGCACUUUGGCAUAUAGUGACAGAAGAAAGGUCUGAUUCACCCGCACGACAUGGAAAGCGGAAAGUCGGAAAGUCGGAUGCCAAAGCCAAAGAGAAGCAUGAUGAUGUGGAGGAAGGCGGCGACGAGCAGAGUUGGCGUAGCCAUACUGGGAUCGGGCAGCUAUACAGAGGGUUGGGGAUGCGCCUGGGAGCAAGUGUUAUUGUGUUUUUACUUGCUGCGUUUGGAGGACGAGAAGAGGUGGAUGCAGGAUGGGCCGAGCUAUAAACGCGAUUAUACUUAUGUUUUGUUGUCUCAUUGCUAGGUUAAUUAUUAUCAACGUGAACGCCCAACUCAUAGAUACAGAGCGAGCCAGCCAUCAGCGAAGAAAUGGUGGUCAGCCGGACACGGCAGCAUAAGUAAUCAGUGAGCAAAAGCAGAUGGAUGGUACCGUUUCUCAGGCC